AGAGAAUCAUGCUCUGCUAAAGUCAGAUUCUGAAGAUUAGAGCAUACUGAGCUACAAGUUGUUAAAUCUACACACUGACAGAGUGCAAUUGUGUCAGAUAUUGACAAAGAACUCUCUGACCCAAUGGCUCUGUAAUUCUGGAUAAUCACCACGGACAAUCCCACGUUUGACUGUGAGGUCAAUUUAAAGAAAUAAUCUGCCUGAAGAGACCUCACAUCAGAAGGUGAUCAGAAAUAAAACUUAAUUUACAAAUUUUUAGUGCUGCCAAAGUGAGAAAGACACAGCCAAACUUGACAGAAAAACAGCCUUUGAAAAAAUUCACCCUUUGCUUAAACACUCAGCAUUUCUUGGACUUGGUGCUUUUAAAAUCAGGACUAUGGAUCAGCUGAGUUCCACAUGGCUACAUCUUAAAGACUUCUUCCAGUGGCUGCACAGGUUCCUUUGCUCUGCAAACUGCUUCACCUUAGGCAUCCUAAAGGAAAGAUCCACUUACUGUUCCCUCCCCUCAAUGGAAAGUGUUAGCUCCAGCACUUUUAUCCAUAUAAUUUGUAAAACAUCGCAGUGGAGAAAUCAAGGUAAGAGCCUGGUGGCUUUGGGCCUUGUUUGUUUCACAUUUUUUCUGAUGCAGUUCCUUAUUAGCAGGAACUAUAGCACCAUCCCUACUGCACACACCAUUAAAAUUCUCAUCUGGAAAUGGCCAUAUAACAGAACACCCAAUAUAACUGAUAAUGUGUGUGCCGAACUCUAUAGUAUCCAUGGCUGCCACCUGACAACUAACCGGUCUGCCUUUAACCAGGCUGAUGUUGUAGUCUUCCAUCAUGUAGACAUUUAUCCUUCUGUAACUUUGCUACCAAUAGAGAAACGACCUAACCAACAGACAUGGGUUUGGAUGUCUAUGGAAUCUCCAAGUCUCAAUAAAAAGAUUGAAAAACUAAAUGGAAUCUUUAAUUGGACAAUGAGCUAUAGACGGGACUCAGAUAUUUGCACACCCUAUGGAAAGCUUAUACCAAAUACUGACCAACGUUACACCAUUCCAAAAAAAGGCUCUUGCUUGGCUGCUUGGGUGGUCAGCAAUUAUAAGGAACAUCACAAGAGAACAAGCAUUGUAAAGAGCCUGCAAAACUAUAUGACAAUUGAUAUAUAUGGCAAGGCUAAUGGAAAACCAUUGAGCCCAGAAAGUCUCCCAACAACUAUUUCCAAGUAUCCCUUCUAUUUAGCAUUUGAAAAUGCCAUACACCAGGACUAUAUAACUGAAAAGCUGUGGAGGAAUUCCUUCAUGGCAGGCUCAGUGCCUGUAGUCUUAGGGCCACCACGAAGCAACUAUGAAGAGUUUGUGCCUCCAGGGUCAUUCAUUCAUGUGGAGGACUUCUCAAGCACCAAAGAACUGGCUGAAUAUCUUAAGAAAGUGGCAAAGAACGAGACUCUUUAUAAGCAAUACUUUGAGUGGAAAAAACAUUUCAAAGUGCAGUUGAUCUCUGACUGGAGGAUGCGGUUCUGCCAAAUCUGUAAAAAUUAUCACACCCUCCCCUUGAAGAAAGUCUAUCACAAUUUUGAUGAGUGGAUGUAUGGCUAAUGCUGCUUUGAAAAAUUACAAUAUGAGGCAUCAAAUAUAUCAAAUAUAAAAUAAGAAAAGAGACACAUUUCAUAGGCCAGGUAAUUUGUACUAACAAGAACACACUGUCGUAAAAUGUACAUAUUGCAAACAUAACACUUAUCUUUAUCUUUGUGGUGUACAUUAAGAUAAUGGAGUACUCGAUUAGGGAUAGGACUACUGUACACUAGCUCACAUCACACCCAAAAUGAGAAUGGACAGAAUAGACAGCACCAAAGUCCUGCCCUGAGCUAAUUUUUAUCACAACGACUAAUACAAAUAUACCAUUUCAGAAUAGUUUAUCAUUUAGUUUACAAUAAAAUAUGAUGUAGCCACAAGCUUGGUCCCAAUAUACAGUAGUUUCAAAAACAUGACAGUAAAAUCACCUCAAUGCAGUGGCCUUCUCAAUUAUCAAACUACAAUCCAAAUAUCCAAAUCAACCAUUUAUGACAUGAGCUGGCAAUCAGGUAUUUUGCUGAUUCAUCAGCAGGAGGUGUAAGGCAAGGCAACAGAACACAGAGUGGACAUCACAGAGUUUCCUUAUCCUAUUCUGUUCAUCUUUACUAGUUCUCAUGGCCAGAAGAAUUCAGGAUCAGAAAAGGGACUGUAAGAGUUGAAUUUGAAUCCUGGUCCUAUGUGCACCUAGCAUGUGUCUAAGUCUCAUAUCCUUCCGAGCUCAUGCUUAAAAGCUGAUGCUGUUACUUUAUUAUUCACUAUGAUAAAUGUAUAUCUUGUGAUUUUAUAUAACCCCUUAAGAGAAAAUGUUAUAUUUGUGUCAUAGCCAUUCAAAAAUUAGAUCUGCGUCCUUUUUGUUCUAAACAGGAUAAAACUGGACAGGAACUCGCACGUCUCCUAAAAUAAGAAUAAAAAUAAUGCAUUUAAAAAGUCAUGUACAUCCUAAGCUAACAGGACUAUCAAUCAAAUUGUGGUCAUUUAAGGUAUCAACAUUAGCCAUGUUCCAUUAGCAACAAGGGUGUAACCAAUCAUGUUAAAAAUGUUGUGAUUAUGUAAUGAAUUCCUUUUUUUGAGUAGUGACCUAAUCAAUGAAUUGUAUAAAUAUAGAGCAGAGGACACUUUUUUCUUUGUAACAUGUUGCUAAUAAGAUAUGCACUUGUUGCCUCUUAUGAUAUUUAGAUAAAGAUAAUGAUUGACA